UUACUGCUAAAGUCAUGAAUGGCUUAAUACAGCAAGGGUUCGGACUUAUUAAACUAAUUUAUAUAACAAAGCAAAUAUAUGUUUACAAAAUAUAGUCGUAAUUAUUUGAUAUGAAAUAUUUUUUAACUUUUUUAAUUGAUUUAGAGUUAGAUAGGUAUAAAUCUUGUAUGUGUUUCGAAAGGCUAUUUAUUAUUUUCGUAAGUAUGAAAUUAUUAGUUCUCGUUCCGUAGACAUUGUUAUAUGAUGGUAGUAUGAAUCUAGGUGCAUUAGGGAUACUUCUUAAGUUGAACUCCUUGAGUUUGUUGAGAACGUCCUGUAGAUCCUUCACGUGGUCGUCAAAAGUGGGCGACAUAACGAUUAGGUCAUCUAGAUAUACCAUAAGCUCGAUAUGGCCCGUCCUACAAGAGGCCCCACGUUGGGCGCUACUUGUAGGACGGGAGGUGAGGGCGAAGACGAAAAGCCGGCGUUAGUUACUUAAACGCGUGUAUUCUCAACUUAGAGAAAUUAUACUAUACUACUAGUACUUACUUGCCGAGCAAGACCUAACUAGGUAGGCGCUAAGUAGGGAUUGCAAUCCGGUCCGGCGGAUCCGGUAAUCCGGCCGGAUACGGUACGGUACACAAACACAAAUAAAGGCAAGUAAACAAACACUUUAACACGGUCUUUUGACUAAGUUUGAUAACGUCGGUAAGGUGACUUCUUUGUUAACGACAGGUGAAUGUUCUUCUGGUAAUUUUGUGGAAGAACAAGUUGUGUCGGAGUCAGUUCGUGGUCAUACCUAAAAGUAUUUUGAAAUGGAAUCUCAAGUUCAAUGGACACACAGAUCCGAAGACUUUUUUGGAAAAUGUUCAAGAUCUUCAGCAGGCUGAUGGAGUUACAGAUUCCAAACUUUUGUACUCUGCAGCCAGGUUGUUCUCGGAUCACGCUCUUAUAUGGUUCCGUGCAAACAGGAAUAAGGUGUCAUCUUGGCAAGAACUUGCAGUAUUGUGUUAAGUGAUUUUCAGGAUCCAGAGUAUGAUUAUAAGUUAGCAAAUGAGAUUCGUGUUCGUACGCACGGAGAAGAUGAGCCACUUCAUCUUUAUUUUGCAUUAAUUACACCACCAGCUCUCCCCUUGAAUGGUAACUAACUCUGCGCAUCACAUCGUCCAUGACAAUCAGGAACGGAAAUGGCGACAGUAAGCAGCCCUGUCAAAUCUGUACAUAGUGUAUAUUAUCAACAACAACUUAAAAGUUUAACAGGAAAUAAAAUUAACAUCUUAAUGAUUACUAAGGUCAUGAUAAUGCAGGUCACACCAACCAUAUCUUUAAGCGGUUAGGGUUGGAGAAUGCAAAUUAAACACCAAACGCUUUCAAAUUACUAAAUAUAUUUUAAAUUAAAACCGAGCGGAGGUCGUGGUAAGGGUCCGUUAAAUAUCAAUAAGCCUGUCUGGUUUCACUGACGUUGUUGGGUACUCCCCUGACGUGGCAAGGUGAACGUGCAGGGCCCGGGUCGGUCGUCGGGACGUUGCGGGAAGCGACGAGGUCAGCUGGUGUGUGAUGCAAGGAAGCCUCUGGCUUGCUUCCUACUCUGCGAUCGGAUCAGCAGGUUCCUCCUGCCGCCGCCGUAGGUUUACGCCGUACAAAUGCACCCCUUAAGGCCGAUUUACAUCAAACGAGAGAAUGCUCAUUCUAUCCCCACUACAUCAAAUUCUUCUAGUGUAAACAGGCGUAGAGCAUUCUUUCGUUGUUCUUAGUGCGUUCGCAAAGAUUCUAUAGAAUAUUCUAAGAAUACUCGCUCGCUUGAUGUAAACGGCGCAAGAGCGCGCGAACAGUUGCUUAGAGCGUUCUAGCGUGUUCGGACGUGCUCGCGCCACUGAGCGGUCUCAUCAAAGCGUUCUUGUGUUCUAGCGAUUGUUUACGUAUUAUCGAUUAAAUUAUGGAUUGGUCUCAAGAAAAAUGUUUAUUAAUGAUAGAAGCCUACCGCAAUUUCAGAUGUCUGUGGGAUCCGACGUAUGAAAACUAUAAAAAUACAACUUACAAACAAGAUGCUUGGCAGGAAAUCGCAAAACAACUGGAAUGUAAUGUUGAAGAGUUAAAAAAAAAGAUGGACUCGCUUCUUGCAUCUUACCGCCGGGAUAGGCAAAAAACAAUGAGUACGAAGUCAGGCAGCGGUGCCGAUUGUAUUUAUAAUUCUAAAUGGUUUGCAUUUAAAAGCAUGCACUUUUUGAAUGACAAAUAUAAACCGAGGAAAACAAUUGAUUUCGACACUAACCAAAAUAAAAACAUGGCUGAUGAGCAGGAGAAUGACCGAAUUGAACAAGAAACUGCGGUAGUGGACCCUAAUGCAGAUACACAGUCAGAUUCAAGAACACAUUCACAACCUGCAAUUUCAGUAGGGUCAAGAAACACCACACCACAAUGGCAACAAUCAACAUCACUGCAAUCUGGCCACAAAAUACCACCAAAAAAAUCAAAACAUGAAGACCCUCGAGUAGCCGAAGCCUACCGUAUUUUAAAAGAUACACAUGAUUCAAAGAUAAGGGACAAGAGUCAAGCUUUUGGAAAUCAUGUUGCUUCAAAACAUCGCGAAUACUCAAAAAGGACGAAAGCGUAUGUUGAACAUUACAUAAAUAAUAUACUGUUCGACGCUGAUUUGGGGAAAUUUGAUUAUGAGUCAAAUUUAGCAUCAACUCCGAUGUCUUCAUAUUCAGACAGUUCACAAAAUACUUGCAUUGUGUAUUCUGUAGCCUCAGAUCAAUCCCCUCCACCCAACCAAAUGGAAGCUAGUACAGAAAGUAAUGUGAAUUUAGGCCAACAAUUACACAUUCCGGAUGAUACCGCAACUGAAGAAACCAGGGAGUCUUUGCUGCAUUUUAUUAGAAAUUUUAAGUAACAUGUAUAUCUUUUCUAGUUACUUUUUGUUUAUUUAAGUUCUCUGAUUGUUUUUUUUUUUUAAAUAAAUAUCUUAAAAAUAAAUUGUCUUAGUUUAUUUACUUACUUUCACUAAUAAUUACGGUCGUGAUAAUAGGUGUGUCGGUAUGUAUAAAAGUAAUAACUUUACUUACCUUAGCAUAGUUUUGCAAUGCUUCAUUUAUUGCAGCACAUACUUCAGAUAUAGCAUUACAUAUUGUCGAUUUAGACAUUUUAGUAAAAUACAUCAGGCUUCCAUAGGAAUCUCCAGUUGCCAAAAAUCGCAAAGUCACUGCUAGUCUGUCAUAUGCAGGAAUCGAGUCUCUAAAAUUCGUACUUGAUUUUCGAAUUUUUUCGCUGGUCAGAGAUAGUAAAUGAUCAAAAUCCUCUGGCGCCAUUCUACAAAAGUUUUGGAAUUGUCCACUUUCUUCUUGUUUUCGCAUAUCCGUCAUUGUUUCACCUACAUUAUCCAGUGUCCUUCGAUGCAUUAAAUUUGUAACCCACCAACGUUUCUUCCUUCUUUUAUUUUUGAGUUUUCGCGACAAAAUAAUAAAUGCAGCACUUGCAAUAAUGAUAUCGCUGUCAGAGUCAGACAUAACGAAGCACUACCAAUACUAACCACAGAAUUGACACGAAUGAGCAAAGAACAUUCGAUCUAGCUUUUGUUUACACUAAAAGAUUACGAAAGAAUGCUCUUGUUUUAGCUCUAGCUCUAUGUUCGUUUGAUGUAAAUCGAUACCUUCUAGCUUUCGUUUACACUAAAAGAUUACGAAAGAAUGCUCUUGUUCUAGCUCUAGCUCUAUGUUCUUUUAAUGU